UUAACGGUAACCCUUACUAGCGUUUUACUCUCUGGGGUAACGUUUACCCCUAUUACAGAAGGGUUUCUUGCUGUUCCAACCCCCGAGGGGCAAUUUUUUGUUCUUCGAGGUUAGUCCCCUCCACAGCGAACCACGUGUCACAAUCUCGUUGCUCCGUCACUGUACUUUUCACUUGGCAAAUUCGCCACACCCCUCCUUGUCUUCUUGUUCCGAAGCCAUCCAGUGAGGAACGGAUGCUGAAGCGGCGCCAGCAGCAGCAGCAGCAGCAGCAGCAGGGCCAGCAGCAGCAGAGCAGGAGCAGCAGGGCCAGCAGCAGGAGCGGCCAGCAGCAGGGCCAGCAGCAGGGCCAGCAGCAGGGCCAGCAGCAGGGCCAGCAGCAGGGGUGGCAGCAUCAGCAGCAGGAGCAGGGCCAGGGCCAGCAGCAGGGGCAGCAGCAGCAGGGGCGGCAGCAGCAGCAGCAGCAGGGCCAGCAGCAGGGCCAGCAGCAGGGGUGGCAGCAGCAGCAGGAGCAGGGCCAGCAGCAGGCGCGGCAGCAGCAGCAGGGGCGGCGUCAGCAGCAGCAGCAGCAGCGGCAGCAACAGCAGCAGGAGGAGCAGCAGCAGCAGGGCCAGCAGCAGGGGCGGCAGCAGCAGCAGCAGCAGGAGCAGGGCCAGCAGCAGGGGCGGCAGCAGGGACAGCAGCAGGGACAGCAGCAGGGACAGCAACAGGGAAAGCAGCAGGGACAGCACCAGGGACAGCAAUGGGGACAGCAGCAGGGACAGCAGCAGCAGCAGCAGCAGCAGCAGGAGCAGGGCCAGCAGCAGGGGCGGCAGCAGGGACAGCAGCAGGGACAGCAGCAGGGACAGCAGCAGGGAAAGCAGCAGGGACAGCACCAGGGACAGCAAUGGGGACAGCAGCAGGGACAGCAGCAGCAGCAGCAGCAGGAGCAGGGCCAGCAGCAGGGGCGGCAGCAGGGACAGCAGCAGGGACAGCAGCAGGGACAGCAGCAGGGAAAGCAGCAGGGACAGCACCAGGGACAGCAAUGGGGACAGCAGCAGGGACAGCAGCAGCAGCAGCAGCAGGAGCAGGGCCAGCAGCAGGGGCGGCAGCAGGGACAGCAGCAGGGCCAGCAGCAGGGACAGCAACAGGGAAAGCAGCAGGGACAGCACCAGGGACAGCAAUGGGGACAGCAGCAGGGACAGCAGCAGCAGCAGCAGCAGCAGGAGCAAGGCCAGCAGCAGGGGCGGCAGCAGGGACAGCAGCAGGGACAGCAGCAGGGACAGCAACAGGGAAAGCAGCAGGGACAGCACCAGGGACAGCAAUGGGGACAGCAGCAGGGACAGCAGCAGCAGCAGCAGCAGCAGGAGCAGGGCCAGCAGCAGGGGCGGCAGCAGGGACAGCAGCAGGGACAGCAGCAGGGACAGCAACAGGGAAAGCAGCAGGGACAGCACCAGGGACAGCAAUGGGGACAGCAGCAGGGACAGCAGCAGCAGCAGCAGCAGCAGCAGCAGGGCCAGCAGCACCUGCGACAAGCAGAGGGGCAACAUCAGGAACAACGGUGGCAGCAUCUGCAGCGGCUGCUGCUGCAACUGCAGCAGCAGCAACACCAACAACUGCAGCAGCAACUGCAGCGAGGGCAGGGACAAGUGCAUAUGCAGCAACUGCAACAACACCACACAUGGAUCCUUUGAAGAACAUCGCCAUAGGUAGUAUG